CCACACCAGCUAUCCUUGGCAGACCAUCCCAGAGUCUGCAAAGAGUUAAUCCAGGCCCAGGGACAAAUUCUUCUGGGAAGCCUAAGUUCACCAAGUGCCGUUCACCUGAACUAGAGACUUUUUCAUGCCACUGGACAGAUGGGGUUCGUCACGGUUUGAAGAACCCAGGAUCAGUACAGCUGUUCUAUAUUAGAAGGUGCAGGCUUUAUGCCUUUCUGACUUUUCCAUUCUCUUCAGAAAAAAAAAACAACACUCCAUUAAAUCAAGCUGUUCCUGUCUGUCUGUGCACUAACUCUCUGUCAAAAUGCACAGUGCAACCAGAUCCACCCAUCGGCCUCAACUGGACUUUACUGAACAUCAGUUUAACGGGCAUUCAUGCCGAUAUCCAAGUGAGAUGGGAACCACCACCCAAUGCAGAUGUUCAGAAGGGAUGGAUAGUCCUGGAGUAUGAACUGCAAUACAAAGAAGUAAAUGAGUCCCAGUGGAAAAUGAUGGACCCUGUAUUGUCAACAUCAGUUCCAGUGUACUCGUUGAGACUGGAUAAAGAAUAUGAAGUGCGUGUGAGAUCCAGACAACGAAAUUCUGAAAAAUAUGGCGAGUUCAGUGAGGUGCUCUAUGUGGCACUUCCUCAAAUGAGCCCAUUUGCAUGUGAAGAAGAUUUCCAGUUUCCAUGGUUCCUAAUUAUUAUCUUUGGAAUAUUUGGGCUAACGAUGAUAUUAUUUUUAUUCAUAUUUUCUAAACAGCAAAGGUAGGUGUGAAAAAGUCUA